UUUAUUGUUCCAGUAGAAAGCUCAAUGCACGGCUUCCCACAUUUGUCUCAAUGGCUACCGCGCAGAAACCACGUCCCACCUGAGAGGGAGCGGUUCGGCUGCGAACACAGGACUUAUUAACCCAAACUUACAGCACCGUGCGGGAUUUUUUAAAAACCAUCUGCUGUUGGAAAUAAAAGCUCUUACUGACGGACAAUCUGUGGAUCCUGAAGACACAAGAAGGGGGACGUGAACAGAGGUGCCCACAGCCCGACAGCCCCUCACUGUAGCUGUCCGUCACCAUGGUGGAACCAGCCGACAGGUCGUCCACAGCCGGACAGAGGCUGGGCGCCCCUGAGAGUUUUGGGGUGUCCACCCUGGAGCCAGGCCUGCGUCCGCCCUCCCAACCUCCGGGUCGACAAGUCUCCAUCAGGGUUCAGAUGCUCGAUGACACACAGGAAGUCUUCCAGAUAUCGCAACGUUCCCCUGGCAAAGUGCUGUUUGACCUGGUUUGUGUCCAUCUCAAUCUGGUAGAGGGGGACUAUUUUGGACUGGAGUACCAGGACCAGCGCAAGAUGACGGUGUGGCUGGAUCUGCUAAAGCCGACACUGAAACAGAUCAGACGGCCUAAAAACACCAUCCUUCGUUUUGUGGUGAAGUUCUUCCCUCCUGACCACACACAGCUCUUGGAGGAGCUGACUCGGUAUCUGUUUGCCCUGCAGAUUAAACGUGACCUGGCCUGCGGUCAUCUCAUCUGUAACGACACCAGCGCUGCUCUCAUGGUCUCCCACAUCAUUCAGUCCGAGAUCGGAGAUUUCGAUGAGACCCAGAGCUGGCAGCACCUCCUGCACAAUAAGUACCUGCCAGACCAGGACGCCAUCAGAGACAAGAUCACUGACUGCCACCGCAAGCAUGUCGGGCAGACUCCUGCUGAGUCCGACUACCAGCUGCUGGAAAUCGCUCGGCGGUUGGAGAUGUACGGAGUCCGUCUGCACCCGGCCAAGGACCGAGAGGGAACCAAGCUCAGCCUGGCUGUAGCACACACCGGCGUGCUGGUGUUUCAGGGGUACACAAAAAUCAACGCCUUCAACUGGUCCAAGGUUCGGAAGCUCAGCUUCAAACGUAAACGGUUCCUAAUCAAGCUGAGAGCCGACCCCGCUCAGAGCGCCCACCACGACACGCUGGAGUUCGCCAUGGCCAGCAGGGAUUGCUGUAAGAUCUUCUGGAAGAUCUGUGUGGAGUACCACGCCUUCUUCAGGCUCUUCGAGGAGCCGAAGCCCAAACCCAAACCCAUCCUCUUCACCAGAGGAUCCUCGUUCCGCUUCAGCGGGCGAACCCAAAAGCAGAUCAUCGAUUAUGUGAAAGACUCGGAGCUCAAGAAAGUUCCAUUUGAAAGGAAGCACAGUAAGAUCCUGUCCAAUAGCAGCAUGUCCCCUCAGUCGUCUUCCUUCAGAUCACAAGUGCCAAAAGAGAGUGCCAUGUCUGUCCAGUUAGCAGACCAGCCCGACUCUUCCAGAUUGGGCCAUCGAGCCGACUGUAACGGCUCAGAGGAUCCGCCGGCGGCCGCGUCCACCACCAACGGCUUCCACGAUACGGCGGCAGCGCCCGGCUCCGACCCGACUCCGCCCCGCCAGAACCACCACGGCACCGGAGCAGCGCCGGAAUCGCAGUUCCUCAACCCAGAAAGUCCAGGUUCAGAGGACUCCCCGGUGGGAAGUCCCCAUGUGGUCGUUAACGGAAAUGGCUCCGUUAAUGGCCAGGGGGUGGGCAGCACUAUUAUCCUGGGUCAAAGCCCUGAGGGACGCCAUCUGUCGCCUCUCACCAGCCCGCUGCUCACUGACGCUGGAUGCGUCCGUCACGAUGAUGAAGACGAGGCGAGGAGGAAGAAGUUUCCCACAGAUAAGGCGUACUUCAUCGCCAAGGAACUGUUGACCACAGAGCGGACCUACCUCAAAGACCUGCAGGUCAUCACAGAGUCCUUCCAGAGCUUUGCGGGGAAAGACGAGGCGUUCCCAGACUCUGUUAAGAACCUGAUCUGUGCCAGCUACGAUCCGGUCUACAAGUUUCACCAGGGAUUUCUGAAAGAGGUGGAGCAGCGGCUGGCACAGUGGGAGGGUCGCUCGAACGCCCACAUUAAAGGAGAUUAUCAACGAAUUGGUGACAUCCUCCUGAAAAACAUUCAGGGUCUGAGGCAGUUGACAGUUCAUCUGCAGAAACAUUCAGAGUGUCUGGUUGAACUGGAGCGGGCCUGCAGAUCCAGUCGGAAAGCGGAUGCUGUGUGUCGAGACUUUGAGCAGCAGAGAGUUUGCUACCUGCCCCUCAACAUCUUCCUCCUGAGGCCUCUGCACCGCCUGCUGCACUACAAACUCAUCCUGGAGAGGCUCUGCAAGCACUACCCGCCCACACACGACGACUUCAGGGACUGCAGAGCGGGUCUGGCCGACAUCAGCGAGAUGGUGCUGCAGCUGCAAGGCUCCAUGAUGAAGAUGGAGAACUUCCAGAAGCUUCUAGAGCUGAAGAAAGAUCUGACCGGCAUCGAAAACCUCGCCAUCCCCGGCAGGGAAUUCAUCAGGCUCGGUUGCCUCAGUAAGCUCUCAGGGAAAGGCCUGCAGCAGAGGAUGUUCUUCCUGUUCAGUGAUUCCUUGGUGUACACCAGUCGAGGAAUGACUCCGUCCAACCAGUUUAAAGUUCACGGUCAGCUGCCGCUGUAUGGUAUGACGAUCAGAGAAAGUGAGGAGGAGUGGGGAGUUCCUCAUUCCUUCACCUUGUUUGGACAGCGUCAGUCUGUGGUGGUGGCAGCCAGCUGUGCGCCAGAGAUGGAGCGGUGGGUGGAGGACAUCAGGAUGGCCAUCGACCUGGCGGAGCAGAGCAGCAGCCCGACCAGCGACCUGCUGUCCACCAGCCUGUCUGACAACAAGCUGUCGGAGGACGGUGGAGGCGAGCUGGAGUCUGAGGAGGAGCUCUGCGGCUCGCGCUCGUCUCUGGAGCGCCAGGGUCACCGUGGUAACACCACCGUGCACGUCUGCUGGCACCGCAACACCAGCGUGUCCAUGGUGGACUUUAGUGUGGCUGUGGAGAACCAGCUGUCAGGUAACCUGCUGAGGAAGUUUAAGAACAGUAACGGCUGGCAGAAACUCUGGGUGGUCUUCACCAACUUCAGUCUCUUCUUCUACAAGUCACACCAGGAUGACUACCCUCUGGCCAGCCUUCCUCUGCUGGGCUAUUCCGUCACCGUACCGUCCGAGUCGGAGAACAUCCACAAAGACUACGUCUUCAAGCUCCACUUCAAGUCCCACGUCUACUACUUCAGAUCAGAGAGCGAGUACACCUUUGAAAGGUGGAUGGAGGUGAUCCGCAGUGCCACCUGCUCUGCCAGCCGCUCUCUACCCAACACCAGGAAAGACUUUUACUGACGAACUUGCACAGAGACACUCACCUGGGUGAAGAUCUGGACUUCAGUAAAGACUUAUUAAUAUUAUUAUAGGCACAGAAUCAUCAGAAUCACUACUAACACCUCUGAAACACCCUCUUAGUACACUUCCUGCACCACUAGUGUCUGAUCAGAGAUGGCAGUCGCCCACAAUGUCGUUUAACUCUUUUUUAAUGGCUGCACAAAGCCUCGCUGAUUUUCCUUUUUUUUUAUUUUUUAUUUAGUGCCAUUGAGUGUUAUUCACGUGCACACACACAGAUUUAAUAUUCACCCAUGUUUUCAGAAAAGAGGAUUUUAAACCUGAAUGACAGGAUUUACCAGAAGUAUUUGGGACACUGAAGCAUGAGUUUUUGUUUUUUUGCAUUUCGGUAAAUACUCCUGUGUUUGUGAUGAGGGGAAACGUGUAUAUAGAAAGCUUGAAAAAGACGUAAAACCAGGAUUUUAAACCGUGUGCAUGUGAACUCACUCAUGGUGAUGUGUUUUUUUAAUUAGGUUAAUUAACUGUGAUGCCAUUUUGGACACAAUUAAGACAAAAACCCAUCUUUUCCUUUUUGUAAGGCAACUUUUUGUACAGUUCUUUGAUACACUGUGAAAUGUUCUUUGUUUUUUCUUGUUUUCCUGUAAUUUUUUUUCUUUGUUUAAAAUGAAAACUGCUUCCAGCGCCAACAGAGAUUUCACUGGUCCGUUUGCCAAAAAACGUCUCUUCUGUACCCCUCAAGUUUUCUGGAUUUUACUAUUCUAAAUAAAGAUGAGAAAAGAUUGUGUUCAUAUAAAAAAACGAAACUCAAAAAUUGAUGUCUUUUGUUUUUAUCUCUAGUUUUAAUAGGAACAGAACGUCAGAUGAGAUGAGGACACAAAACAGAGAGGUGGAUCAUGUAACAAUUCAGGAAAAAUCAUUAGUGC